ACCAACGCGUCUCUAGGCUUAGCCUAGGCGAUCAUGAAUUUCUUGAUUUUAAUGCAUGCUGGGUAAAGAUGACAACGAGGACACGCUACCAACUCAGGCUACAGUUGCAGCCAGUUAAUCAACAUGAAAAGGAUGAUAUCGCAACUGGUAGUAAAAAAAAAGAAACCUGGCGGCAUAAACUUAAGAAAAACCCACAAAAAUAUGAGUUCCAGAAGCUGUCAGACAAACUGUACUCCAUGAAUUAUCGAAAAAAUAUGAGCGAAGAGAAAAAAGCAGACUACAGAGAGAAAACCAGGCUUAGAAUGCAAAAGUAUCGAGAGCGAAAGAAAGCAAGCAAAGAAAAUCAAGGAAAGACAGAAAUAAAAAAAAAGAAAGGAAAACUACCAAAGACAGGGUCGACACAGAAAGCAACCGAUGAAAGUAGGAGAGAAAAGGAAAGGUUAAAGAAGCGGGCAUUAAGGGAACGUCCUGGGUACAAAGAGAGAGAAAAUGAAUUAAGAAGAGAAAAGAGAAGAAACGUGCGAUUAGAGAAAAAGAGGAAAGAAAGAGAAGAGGAAGAAGGGAGAAGAGAAAAAGAACAAGAAAGGCUAAAGUCGACAGGGUCGACACAAAAAGCAACCGAUGAAAGUAGGAGAGAAAAGGAAAGGUUAAAGAAGCGGGCAUUAAGGGAACGUCCUGGGUACAAAGAGAGAGAAAAUGAAUUAAGAAGAGAAAAGAGAAGAAACGUGCGAUUAGAGAAAAAGAGGAAAGAAAGAGAAGAGGAAGAAGGGAGAAGAGAAAAAGAUGAACAAGAAAGGCUAAAGCAGUCCAUCACUAGUGAGCCUUCAAGGACAACAAUGAAUGCCAAACAGGAGCAUGGCGAAGAAAGCAGCAACAGUGUCAGUUAUUUACAGGUGGAUAACACUGUCAGUUUCAAAAAAAGGCAAAGGAAUCCUAGUGAUAGUGGAGCAGACGACACAGACAACACAUUGUGGCUCAACAGACAAACACAUCUGUCACAGAGUGCUACGAAACACACCCGCAUCACACCGUUGUCCAAGCCACCAUUAAUGAGUGCAAGCACUGUGGGUAAACGCAAAAUGAGUCAAGUACCAGAGGUUUCACUAGGACAUUCAUGGACGAAAAGCGAGUUGCAAAAGCCUUCUGAAACAGUUUCUAACAUUAGUCCCCCAGGUAUCGGAUCACUGCCAUAUCAUUCUGAUGCUAGGAAAGCCAAAAGUAGCACUGUAGCUCUGGCUACGACUCCAGACUCGAACCCUGCUCCUCCUUCUACCCACGCUGCUUUAGUUAUCAGUCCACCCCUAGUUUCAUCUAUAACCUCAACUAUUGUUGCCCCUGCUCUUGCUCCUGCCCCAUUCAUUACCCCAGCACCAGUUAUUUCCCCUCAUCCAGUAGUUAUUGCAGCUCCAGUCCCAGCCCCUGCUGUUGUUCCUGCUCCUGUAGUACAAAGCACCCCUCAACCACAAAUCACUCAACCUCCAAUGCAAGCGAAUCAGAGUAAAAACAUGAUUUAUGUGAAUGAUAAGCAAUACAUAAUACUGAAACUUGUAGGCAAAGGAGGCUCAUCGAAGGUAUAUCAAGUAUACAGUACUGACGUGAAGAAUGUUUUGGCCAUCAAACGUGUUGAUCUUGAACUAGUUGAUGACCUCACUAAACAGGGCUAUAUUAAUGAGAUCACUUUACUGACAAGACUUCAGAAGAAAACAGAAAAGAUUAUCAAACUGUAUGACUUUCAAAUAACAGAUUCACUUAUUGUGAUGGUGAUGGAAUGUGGUAGUAUUGACUUGUCAACAUUCUUACGCCGAAAUAAAAAUAUCAGGGAGGACAAGAUCAGAUUCUACUGGCACGAGAUGCUGGAAGCUGUCCAUGUUAUUCAUCAAGAAGGUAUUAUACACAGUGAUCUGAAGCCAGCAAAUUUCCUAUUUGUGGAAGGUACACUGAAGCUGAUUGACUUUGGGAUUGCAAAUGCCAUACAGGUGGACCAGACCAGCAUUUUUAAGGAUCAACAGAUUGGCACCUUUAAUUACAUGUCCCCUGAGGCCAUUCGGGAAACAUCGCCCUCUCCCGCAAUGGAUUCAUCUGGUCGAAGUAAACCAAGAUUAAAGAUAAAUUUCCAAAGUGAUGUUUGGUCAUUAGGCUGCAUUCUGUACUACAUGGUAUAUGGCAAGACUCCCUUCCAACACAUCACAAAUGCUUUGAUGAAGCUACAUGCUAUUAUCGACCCCAGUCAUGAAAUAAACUUCCCAGCAAUUAGCAAUAAAGACCUUCAUGAUGUCCUUCAGAAAUGUCUGAUUCGUAACCCCAAAAAACGUCCGUCCAUUGAGACACUUCUGAAGCACCCGUUCCUAAGGAACAAGACGCAAGAUAAAUUGGCAAGUUCAACGAACUCUGGUACGUGUGACAUUAGCGCAAGUCAACUGCAGGCUCUGAUAAGUCAGCUUUCAUCAGUCCGGGUGCAUUCGCCAAAAAGUUUGAGUGCAAUAUCAAAGGCAAAGGGUUUGAUUGAACAGCUUACAAAAAAAAGUGGCAUUUCUGACACACCUGCAGAGUUAGAACAAGCAAUUUCUGGUAGUCAUCCUGCUUCCUUGACAGUAAUAGAAACAGCGCCCUCGAUGUCAGCUGGCGUUUUUCCGUUGUCUCAACCUCCAAUGAAACAGGCAAAGAUGGCUGCUAGACAGCCUCUCCAGUCAGUCAACAUGGUGGAUGUUCAGAAAGUCCAGACCAACUUGAAAUCAGGAACAUCUGCAUCCAGUGCUGGACUCAAACAGAGAUAUGAAAUAAACGAUAAGGAGAAUCUUGGCAUGAGAGAAAGUAUGGUUAAUAGUCAAUGACGAACUAAUGAUUGCAACUUAGAUUCUAAGUAGCAGUUGGAUAGCUGUUGCUUUUUCAACAUUGUGAUGGUCUUUUACUGAGGCGGUCUGUGAUGGCAUUGUAAAACAAAAUUAUGUUGUAAUUGGUGUUUUUUAAUCACUCUGGAAGUAGCAGUCUAGAUUAGUUCUAAGCCCUAUCCAGAAAAACACAAAACGUGACAUGCCUAAUAAGGUCAUGAUGACAUCACAUCAUGACCAUAUAUAGGCACAUCAUGACUAUAUAUGGACAUGCAACAGUUUCUUUUCAAAGAAAACUUCGUAACCUGGAUGGUGCUUUAGUUUUGGGUAUCACCUCAGUUGUAGAGUAUUUGAUUAUGCAGAUAUAGAUUAAAAUGCUUAAGUUUUAUAAUAUACAGUAAUCAUGAAACAUACUUAUCCAAUAUCCAAACAGUAUCGUCAUCUUUUCUUUAUAAGUUAAUAAUAAUAAUACUAUGUUUUGAGUAAGAAAUGUUAUUUCAAGCACUUUCUUUUUGUCACAGUUAGGACAUCAUUAAUAGAAAAUUUCAUCAAGCAUAAAUAUUAAAAUACUAUCCAUAGUUAAAAAUAGUUUUUUUUUAGAAUAAACAAACAAUUAAAUAUACAUUAUUCCAUAGAUUAAUAAAUGGUGAAUGCUAGUGACAAUGAACAUAAUAUAAUUACGGAAAUCGUUUACAUGGAAUAGCUGUAGUAGAUGUAGGCUAUUAUGGCUUUGUAUAUAUUUACAUACAGUAAACAAACAAUGAAAUAGGUUUUUGUCAAACCGGUUUUUGCAUGUGUACUCCCCGACACCUUGAAAUUCUCGUGCUAUACUGUUUAGUUACAUUUUUUAAUGACCAAGGCAGGUUUCGACCUUCAGAAAGGUUUUGUUUCAUCCUUUAAUGAGAAGUUUAGAAAGGGUGAUACAGAAUGGCAUAUCAGCCAGCAAAGGGCCAAUGGGAAAAAGGGUCUUGCUACUUUCCUAAUUGCGUGAACAUUCGCUACUUAAUUGUGUACACCAUUGUCUGGUACCGUAGGCAAAGAACUAAUAGGCCGACUAGCCCAAGAUAGUUUUAUCAGUGGCGUAUCUAGGGUUAUUGAAAUGGGGGAUGCAAAGGUGAAGUUGGGAGCUCGAUGAUAAUGUGAGGUGGCACUAUGUGGCAAAUUAAGGUGGUAUUAGGUGAUUUUUAACUACUGUAGCAUAAUUUUUUUGCUUAAAAAAUUUCCAGUUGGGAGGGGAAUGGGGUGCACAAGCUUUUUUUUGGGAGCCCAUGUGCACCCACCAGAUACGCCACUGAGUUUCUUUUGUGAGAGGUGGGUAUGAAUUCCAUCCUAAGAUAGUCUUGAUCAUUCAAAUCUACAAAUAACUGGUCACUUAUUGUGACGAACGACGAUCGGCUGACAAAACAUUCUGUUUUCCCUCUUUGAGCACUUGACAACAUAGCACCGUAUGUUGAUUGUUGAUAACAGACUAAGCGAAUUGUCAUAAAAACGAUUUGUUACGUGCCUCUGUCAGUGUUGCAUUCACCACAGAGUUGUGUCGAGGCAGUGUGUUUGGGCCGCACAUUAAAAUCCGAUAUGACUAAUGGUGGCCCUUUAUAUUUGAAGUACAGUAUUAAAACUAUAGACACAUUGUACAAACGAGAAUAACAAGCCGACAAGGUAUACACGCGCAUUCCGGUCUGACUUAAACUUGUGAUUGCAUCGUAUGAGACGCAAAUGUAUCCACUAACUACUGUACUAGGUAUGUUGACAGUAGUUAGUCAUCUGUAUAAUUUAUGCAUUGUUUGUAAUGUGAAUAAAAGCUGAAGAUAUAACGAC